AGCCCUCUGUUCAGUCCUCUACGCCGCGUGUUCGAGCCUCUGUUCCGCGGCCUUUCAGCCACCGUUCCGCCAUUGUUUGCCUCCAUUCAGCCAUCUCCGUCGCGAUUUAAAGCUCCUCCCUUUCUAUUUCUUGUAUUUCACUUUGAGAUAGUCAAUGGUGUCAUUGAAGUUGAAGGAAUAGCAGAGGAGAAAACUGCAGGUGCUGAAGAGGAUGAAGAAAAAGGAGUACCUGCUUUUUGGCUCAAUGCAAUGAAAAACAAUGAAGUGUUAGCUGAUGAGAUGUGCUCGUUCUAAUGCUUGAAGUUCUUCGAGUUUCUGCCUAUGCAUUUCCUCUGUCUCACCCAGUCUCAGCUUCGCAAUUCGUUGAAAGUCUUUUGGGACAAUACUCAUUUGCAGCUCAGGUGCCAGAGUCCUUUUAUCAUCUUGAUCAAAGCUGGGUAAUGGUCCAAGAGAUUGAGAUUUUAAAGAUUGAAGUGAUGCCAGGAUGGAGAAAAGGAACAAAGAUAAAAUUUGAGGGCAAGGGUGAUGAGAAACCUGGAUACCUUCCUGUUGAGAUUUCUCUAGUAGAUGCACUCACAGGGUGCUCUUUACCAAUUCCUAUAUUAGGAGGGGAGAAGUUGACUUUGUCAUUUGAGAAUACUGUUGUAUACCCUGGAUAUGUUAAGGUUAUUGAAGGUCAAGGCAUGCCAACCCUUAAAAACGAUGGGAAAAGAGGUAACCUCCAUGUCAAGUUUCUAGUUGACUUCCCCAAAGAAUUGAGUGAUGAACAACGGCAAGAAGCUUUUAGAAUCUUAGAAAAUUGUUGUUAAUGAUGACCAUAGUUGUACAUUUGUAUAUUUUAUAUGCAGAUAUGAAUGCAUUUGCUAUCAGUUAAAGACACAAA